UAUCGAUUGAAAUUAUAAAGCUACAUAGAACCUGUAAAUUUUUGUCUUUCUCAUGCAAUUUAAUAAAUAAACACCUUAGCAGCCAUUGCAUUGGUUUCAUUACAGCUUUGCCGCUAAAAUUAAAAAGACAACAAAGAAAAUGCUACAGUGGCCGUAUUACAACGAUCAAGACGCACGCAAAAGACAAAUAGACACUUUAAAAGUCUUCAACGAAAAUGUCGUUCAGAUCAAAGAAAGUUCAGAGUAUCGCAUAGAUUUUACUGUUAAUCAGAAAAACAUGUGCCUAAACGUGAUACUAAGUCCAGAUUUUCCUAACGAGAAGCCUUCUAUAUUUGUUAAUCCACCGGUACUCCAUCCGUGGGUCGCCGAAAACUCAAACCAAAUCGUAGGAGCUCCCGGACUCUUGAAUUUCACGAUACACUCGGACCUGGGCCGCGUGGUACAAGCCAUAAUACGUGAAUUCCAGAAAUCUGUCUUAAACAUAACUGUAGAAGUAAGCUCGAGAUCAAGUGAGGCGAGUCCUCGGUCCACAGUCAGUGCUCAGUCAAUGCUGUUUCCGGAACUUAAUAAUUUCACCAUAGAGGAGUUAAGAGAGAUAUUAGAAAGUACAGAUUUGCAGGAUAAACUUCUUGAGAAUAAUCCUCAGCUGAUCGAAUUAGAUUUAGAGACGGAAGAGCUGAUGAGCAGCAUCGAGGAAGUGGCCCAGGAGAAUAUAGCGAAACAGCAAACCCUGGACGACAUGAAGACUGAAGUUAUAGAAAUAAUAUCUAGUAUAGUACAGAUGAAGAUGAACUACGAAGAAUUGAACAAGAAACAUCAGAAACUAUGCGAGGUUUAUGAUCCGCACUGCAUCAGGAAUUGUCUUCGUGAGGCCGCGCUGAAAGCUGACGAGGAUGCUGAUGCGAUAGCUGAACAGUUUUUACUAGGUAACAUUCCAGUGGAGACAUUCAUAUCAAAGUUCUCCGAGAAACGUGCCCUCGGUCAAGCCAGGAGGGCGAGGGAAGAAAGACUGGCCUACCAAUUGGCGCAGUUGGACCAAACCAGGACAUAAUUGGCCCUAGAUGACAGCCAGCGCGAAUGUUGUGAAGUUCAAUAGAUCCAUCUCAACUUUUUAUCGUUGAAAAUUAAAAAUCCAGCGCCAUCUAUUGGUGGAAUUGAGUAUAUUCGUUGGUAUAACUUAUAAGAAUUAUACUAAACAUAUAGCGCCAUCUAUUGGUGAAAUUGAAUAUAUUCGUUGAAUAAUAUAAAAUUAUAUUAAUCGUAUAGCGCCAUCUAUUGGUGGAAUUGGAUAUGUUGAUAUAACGUUAAAAAAUAAGUAGCUCUAUCUAUUGGUAAUAUUUAUAACAAUUACAAAAUCUAAUUUCAACGGAAAGCAUAAAGUUAGGUAGGCAGGUAAAUGUAGGCAGUCAUUAUUUAAACGCUUAUAAGACUUUACUAUCAUUGCGGUGGGUAAAAAUCUGAACGUGUUUUCAGAGAUAUUGUACUUAUUCUGUAGGAUUUUUUUUUUUUUAUUUAUAAGAACUUGUGACAUAUGACUUAAGAUAUUUUUGAGGCGACGGCUCCGCUUGCAUAAUGCCACUGAUGAUAAUUUCACUUUGAAAAAAAAUCAUGAAGAACUCAAAUAAUUUUUAAAAAUUAAACUAUAGUGAAUAUCAGAGAAAUGUAUUUCAAUUAGUUUCUUAAAUUUGUACUUAUUUUCAUUACGAAAAAAAUCAUAUUCAAAUCUCAACUCUUUAAUUUUAAUUCAACGUCCAAUAUCCGUAUAUAUUAGAGUCGUCGUGGCCUAAAGGAUAAAACGUCCGGUGCAUUCGUUUGUAGCGAUGCACCGGUGUUCGAA